AUGACUUCUCUGGGUCGCAGGCAGACACCGAGGGUGGCUCUGGCGGAGUUGAUGAGGUUAUUCAACUUCUGAAAGCUGGGAAAGCAAAGGAAGUUUCUUACAAUGCCCUGGCUUCACAUAUUAUUUCAGAAGAUGGGGACAAUCCAGAAGUUGGAGAAUCCCGUGAAGUUUUUGAUCUCCCUGUCGUAAAGCCUUCCUGGGUGAUCUUGUCUGUUCGCUGUGGAGCUCUUCUGCCUGUAAAUGGUUUUUCUCCAGAAUCGUGUCAGAUCUUUUUUGGAGUCACUGCCUGUCUCUCUCAGGUUUCAUCUGAAGACCGAAGUACGCUGUGGGCUUUGAUUACUUUUUAUGGAGGGAAUUGCCAGCUGAGCCUCAAUAAUAAGUGUACUCAUUUGAUUGUGCCUGAGCCAAAGGGG